UUUUGAGCAAAAAUAUUAUAAAGAUUGGAGGAGAAAGAAAAACCGGCAAGCGUUGAGCUCUGACUGCUAUCUAAAACAAUAGAAAAGGCUAGUCUAUUGUUCCAAUAGACAGUUUACUCUGGUGCAAGUGGACGCCAAACUUCUAGAUUUCUCUAGAUUCUAAUUAGAUCAUCAUGGAAAAUAUUACUGAAGAUGAAGCCGAACUGUAUGAUCGCCAAAUCAGGUUGUGGGGUUUGGAUGCGCAGAGAAGACUUCGAGCUGCCACUGUAUUACUUAUUGGACUGAAGGGUCUGGGAGCAGAGGUGGCCAAGAACAUCAUUCUCUCUGGCAUCAAGGCUAUUACACUCAUGGAUCCUCAGGAGAUUGAGGAGGAAGACCAAAUGUCUCAGUUUUUUGUGUCCAGCUCUCCAGUUGGUCAAAACAGAGCAGAAGCAUCAGCAGCUCCUGCACAGUUGCUCAACCCUAUGGUAGCUGUGAGCACAGACAAGAGUAACCCAGCAGACAAAGAUGACAACUUUUUCACCCAGUUUGACGUCAUCUGUGCCACAUGCUGUUCCACUACCCUUAUGUGUCGACUGGAUCGCCUUUGCUUCCAGAACAAUAUCAAGUUCUUUGCUGGCGAUGUUUUUGGCUUCUACGGCUAUUCCUUUGCUGAUCUGGGCACACAUGAAUAUUUGCAUGAACAAGAAAAAAAAAAGAAGCCGAAGGAGGAUGAAGACGGAUCCAAGGAAGAAGAGACUGAGACAACUGUUACCAAAGAAAGUAUGGUGUUCUCCAGGUUAGAAGACGAGCUGGCAUUCAAAUGGGAUAGUGAUAUCCCUGGGAUGAAGAAAAAACUUCGUUUAACCCCAACUGCUUUUUUCAUCCUGAGAGUGUAUCAAGAGUUUGUUGAGCUGAAUGGCCGACGCCCAUCGUUGCGCAGUCAGGAGGCUGACCGGAAAGAGCUGGAAAAUCUUCGUGUCCAGGUGCUGAAUAAACUAGGAGCUCCCGACAAGGUUAUCCCAGAGGACUUUUGCGAUUUUGGCUUUGGAGAGCUGAGUCCUGUCUGUGCCGUGGUAGGGGGAGUUCUUGCUCAAGAAAUCAUUAAGGCCGUUUCGCAGAAGGACGCUCCACUCAACUGCUUCUUUUUCUACAACGGUGUGAAUGAUGACGGAAUGGCUGCCAAAGUUUCUACUACUUGAGUUAACAGACUGUCUGAGGACUUGACUGCUCGAACGUUACUUCCUCCGCUUCUCUGAUACACAAUGACUUGUAUUUGUUGUGAAAGUUCGGGGGAACUGGCAAUUUUAUGGCACUUUUGCAAAGAAAGUGUACUUUUUUAAAAUUAGAAAGUGCAUUUGUUAAAUACAGAAAGCUAAACUGAUUGAAAUCUAUGUACUGUAACAUUUCAGUUUCAGCCAGCAUUCACAUCCACGUGUUGGCCUUCAUUAUGUAUUUACCAGCAGAGAUUUGCAGUACACAUAUAGUUUUCUCAUGACUGGGACCAAGUAAUAGAAGGCUAUUUCUGUACAAUGUUCAUUGUGUUACUAUUGCAGACAGGUUGGUGCUCUGUUUUUUAUUUCAGCAAUUUUUCUAAAGCCAUGAUACUUGACUUCUUUGUUGAGGUAUUGUUAUUUCUUAUGUUAAUAUCUCCAAUGAGAGAGAAAUCUCAUCUUUUUUCUCAUACAUGUUAUCCUUAUCAUUCACAUUGUUGUUUGUAUGUCAAUAAAAGUUUUUGUACAAGA